AAUGCAAAGGCUAACAAAAUGCGGUAAACGUACAUUUCAAUUCAAGAAAUAAAACCCAGCUGGUUCGCACCGGCACCGGAGACACCGUCGUAAGUCUCAUUACGCCGGUGUCUCGAGCAGUCCAUCCUCCUUAAUCCACCUUUCCAAAGUUGAGCAACAGCUGAGGAGGGGAGAGAAUGAAGCGCGGCUGCAGGUUCUCAUUUCACGUCUGCGUCAUAGUAGCUGCCAUUGUUUACAUCUACUUCUCCACGGUCUUCAUCUUCAUAGAUCAGUGGUUCGGACUCGGGUCUUCUCCCGGAUUAUUAAACGCGGCCGUUUUCACCUGCUUAGCCCUCAUGUGUGUCUACACGUAUGCUCUAGCGAUCUUCACCGACCCAGGUCGGAUUCCCGCCUCCUAUGUACCGGACGUUGAGGACGCCGAUACCCCUAUGCAUGAGAUCAAGCGCAAGGGUGGGGAUUUGAGAUACUGCCAGAAGUGUGCCCUCCAUAAACCUCCACGUGCACAUCAUUGCCGUGUAUGUAACCGAUGUGUGUUGCGAAUGGUAUGCCUGGUCUAUUUACUCUUUAUGCCUUUUCUUGAAUGUCCUGGAUAUUGCCUUAAAGUGCUACCUCUUGAAUUUAAGGAUCACCAUUGCGUGUGGUUGAAUAAUUGUGUCGGCCAUGCGAACUAUAAGACUUUUUUCAUCUUCAUCGUUUACGCCGUUGUUUCAUGCAUAUACUCCCUGGUUUUGCUUUGCGGUAGCCUAACUGUUGAUAUGACAGAUGAAGAGCAAAAUGAAGGCUUUUUUAGAGCUGCAUAUGUCAUUUCAGGGCUCCUGCUGGUGCCAUUGACUCUUGCGCUGACCAUCUUUAUGUUUUGGCAUGUUUAUCUUAUUCUGCAAAACAAGACCACAAUAGAGUACCAUGAAGGUGUGAGAGCUAUGUGGCUUGCUGAAAAAGGAGGUUAUCUGUAUUCACAUCCAUAUGAUCUUGGUGCUUAUGAGAAUAUGAUAUCAGUUUUAGGUCCAAAUAUCUUUUGCUGGGUAUGUCCCACCUCAGAGCAGAUCGGUUCUGGCCUUCGUUUCCGCACGGGAGUUGAUAAGUUAGCAGGGACAUCAUUUUAGACGUAUGUAGAGCUUGGAGUUACAAUGAUUUUGUACUGCUGGUAGUAUUGGAGGAAAGGCAGCAGGUCCUAUAUCAUUCGUUGAUGAUAUUCAAAUUCUGGUGUCCGCGAGCUUUCUUUUUGGGAAUACAACCAUUAAAAAAGAGUUUGUCUUGUGUAGCUCCUCAAACUCCACGUUGUUGCGGAAGUAGUCAAAGUUGACUGAUUUCUGAAGCAGUCAGAUGUAAAAUAGGCCCUCCUUCUUAUGACCCUUUUUUUUUCAAAAGUACAGUCCUCAUACAAUCAUGUACAAAUGACAGUUCCAGGCUAACAGCACAGCAACUUCAAGUAGAAGAGAUAGGCCAAAAAUUGUAACUUAAAGAUGUUGUAAUGUUGUGACUCUCAGGAAGUGUAUGAAUCAUAAUUGAUUUAAUUGAUGUUUUGAUUGAAUUUGUUGCAAAAUUUAG